AUGACUCUAUGCGAGAGGUGGCAUCCCGAGACCAACACUUUUCACAUGCCCUUGGGGGAGAUGACUGUGACCUUGGAUGAUGUCGCAUGUCUGACACAUCUUCAGAUUGAGGGGCGAAUGUUGAGCCAUGGGAAGAAGAUGCCGAAACAUGAGGGAACGAAACUACUGAUGAGGCACUUGGGUGUGUCGCAGCAGGAGGCGGAGAAAAUUUGUGGUACGGAGUACGGCGGGUACAUUAGUUACCCGAAGCUGAGGGAGCUAUAUACGAGGUACAUCGGUAGGGCCAACGUAUUGGCGGAUACGGAGGAUGCAGAGGAGAUGGAGGAGCUGCAGAGGGUUAGGACAUUUUGUAUGAAGUCCUAUCUCUUAUAUCUUGUAAGAUGCUUGUUGUUUGGUGAUAGAAGCAACAAACGCAUCGAGUUGGUCUAUCUGACGACCAUAGAGGAGGGCUACCCGGGGAUGCGUAAUUAUUCAUGGGAAGGGAUGACAUUCGCAUACCUAUACGGCUAUGUUGAUCCCAACACUGACUACAUGGAAAAUUAUCCGGUUGCGGCGAGGUGGAAGCUUCAGAAGGGUCAUAGAGAGGGGGUCACGUAUCGAUCACUGCUUGAUCCUAUACAGUUUAAUGACGUAUGUUGGAGGCCGUACGAAGAGCACAGGGAGAUCCAGGAUUUUGAGGAGGUUUUAUGGUAUUCAGGCUGGAUUAUGUGCGGUGUUCGUAGGGUGUAUCGUCACUUGCCCGAGAGGGUUUUGAGGCAGUACGGAUACGUCCAGAGGGUCCCUAGACAUCUGGCGGAUGUUGUAGAGCUGUCACCGCCUCAGAUUGUGCAGGCAUUCGUCGACUUCCGCACUCACACGCUUAGGGCGGCCGAUGGGGAGAUCUUCCGAGGCCAGCAAAUGAAGAGCAGAUCAUUGCACAACAGUGGAAGCGGUUCAGGAAAUGAAGCUGCUGCCUCUGUCUUGGCUUCAGGACGCUUCGGCAGUUUACUGCCGAGGAAAUCCUCUAUAGUUAACUACCGAAGGGAAUUUAGGUGA